AUGAUCAAGACAGCCAACCUCGGAGGUACCGCGAAGGACAUCGUAGUCGCUAAGGUGGCGCAUGGACUAAUGUCGAUGACACGGGUAGACGUUGUCCCUGACGAACUGGCGUUCGAAGCUAUCAAGAGCGGCAUUGACGCCUUGCACCCGGGUGUCAAGAUGAUGUUGAACAGCUCGGAGUUCUACGAUAUCAACUGGGGGACCACCAACCUCGAGCUCCUCGCACGCUUCUAUGAGAAGUACCCGGAGUACGCAGAUAGGACCUUCCUGUCCGUCAAGGCAAGCUCACCCCUUUACGAUCUGCGCCGUAGUGUGGACAAGUGCAUCGCCGCACUCCGCGGUACGAAGAAGAUUGACCUCUUCCAGCCCGCGCGCAUCGACAGGGAGGUGAGUGUGGAAGAUACGAUGCGCACUCUCGUCGAGAUGCUGCACGAGGGCAAGUUCGACCACAUCGGCCUCUCGGAAUGCCGUGCGGAUACACUCCGCCGUGGACAUGCCAUCUAUCCCGUCUCGGUCGUCGAGAUCGAAGUUAGCCCGAUGGUAUAUGAAGAAGAGACCAAGAGAGUCAUCGCUACCUGUGCGGAGCUGGACAUCGCUCUUGCGGCAUACUCACCCCUCGCGCAUGGCAUGACCGCCGGCAUUAUCAAGCAGCGCGAGGAUUUCACUGGUAAACUUAACCGGGCAUCACAUACCAGUCCGCACUCACCAUAUCACCAGAACUGGGACUACACCCGUCGCCUGAUCGACGCCUUCACCUCCCUCGCACCCAAGAAGGGCUGCACCCCCGCGCAACUCAGUAUUGCCUGGGUAGGUUCCCUUGGGGACAAGGUCAUUCCUCUGCCUAGCUCGACGCGCAAGGAGCGGACCCUCGAAAAUCUGUACGGGGCCGACGUCGAGCUUAGUCCGGAGGACUUGGCAGACAUCGCGCGUGUGAUGGAGGAGAACCCUCUGAAGGGAGAUCGCGGGUACGGAGACGCAAUUGAUCUGAAACUAUGGGGAUGA